CAAAAACCUCACCAAAUUUCCCCAAAAUUGAUUCUUUCGUUCUUCACUCAAAUCAAUGGCGUUGUCGAUAAUCCAAUGCCCUAAACACUCAAAGUUUCCGCCCAGCAAUUAUUUUCUGAAAGCAAAUUCACUCCCACUUCACCCCACAUUUGUCAGGUUUUCCAGAUUACAGCCAAUCAGCAGCAAUCGGGUGGUUUGCGCCGCAUUUUCUGCCGCCGGUGGUUCCGGUGCAAACGGCGAUGUAAACCCUUACGAGGUUCUUGGUGUAAAUCCUCUAGAGGGAUUCGACAUGGUGAAGGCGGCUUACACGAAAAGGCGCAAGGAUGCUGAGAGGAGAGGCGAUGAAGCUGCUGCAGCACAAUUGGAAAAAGCAUACGACACUAUAAUGAUGUCUCAAUUGAAGAAACGGAAGAAGGGCGAAACUUUCGGUCCGUUUCGGGUUUCGAAAGAUAUAAAAUAUGCCGAUAAGCAGCCAAUUGUUCCGUGGGGCCCAAGGUUUGCCAAAUCGGAGGUCAAAGAUAUUCGAAUCAACAUGGCAAUAUCAGCUGUAUUUACGGCUUGGAUUCUUAUCAAGGGCAGUGCCGAAUACAAACCUUUGCAAUUCUUGGCCUUUGUUUUCGUUUAUCGGAUAUUUGAGAAGUUAAAGUCGUUCGAAUCACCUGCACCUACCACAUUUACAGAAGAAGGUGGUGAGGAUGAAGGGAGAAUGUUGAAAAUGGGCAAAAGACUGCUUCGAUCACUUGCAUUGGGUUUUGGAUGCGUCGCUUUUGCCUCUUUGGGGUACACUGCAGUGUUGAAUUGUAUUGAAUUUGCAGCUGGCUAUAUACCUAUUUUCUUGUACAACAACCAGGAGUUGUUUGUAACUGCGUCAACGGCACUAAUGCUUUAUGUUCUAGCUUCGUACUACAAAUGAAAAUUCUGCAUCUAUCAAGGGAGGAUUGAAGAUCGAUUUAUUUUAUUUGGAAUUAAUUAGACGAAUAAUUCCGUGUUUCAAGAUUUAAAUUUUGUAUAUGAGUUCAAAUUUUGGGACUUGAUUGUAAUGUGUUUAACUUGUUAGUGAUAUUGUUUGCGACUCCGAGUCGAAAUCGAGAAAGUAAGGAACAAAAUAGUUGCGGGUUGUGUGCUAAAAAAAUUGCAUUUUAUA